AUGAGAGGCCCGCAUGCGCAGAAGACCGGCACCUCCACGGAACACGAGAAGGUCACAGUUCACGACAACAGGACCACCAUCGGCGUGGUCAGGCCCAGCAAGGAGACCAUAGACGUGUCGGAGGACAACAGCUUCAAGGAGAAACUGUACUCCUUCGAUAAAGUGCUCACAGAGGAGUCCACUCAGCAGGACGUGUAUGACGUCACAGGUGCUGACCUGGUCGGCAGGGUGUUUCAGGGAGUCAACGGCUGCGUGCUCUGCUACGGCCACACGAGCUCGGGUAAGACCUACACGUUGCUGGGUCCGGAGCAGGCGGCGCGCGGUAAAGCGGACCCGGCGGUGUCGGAAGGCCUGGUACCCCGCACGCUGGUGCACAUGUUCGCGGUGAAGGAGCGCCUAGAGCAGGCGGAUCCCAGCCGGACGGUGGACAUACACAUGCUGGUGUAUGAGGUGUACAUGGAAAAGGUGUACGACCUGUUCAGUGCGAGCACAGGGAAGAGUCUAGACAUCCGGGGUCCUGACAAGAGAGGCUCGUUCUACCCGCACGGCAUCACCAACCACUACGUGGUGCGGGCUGAGGCCGCCAUGACAGUUCUACGGGCAGCUGCAAGGUCACGGCGGGAGCAGAGGACGAAGCGGAACCAGCGCAGCUCUCGUUCUCACAUGAUCAUCCAGAUGGACGUCAUUCAGACCAAAACCGUCCAAUGGGAGGCCUCAAAACAACCGCUGGUCAGGCAGGACAGAGCAGCCAGCCUGUUCAUGGUAGAUCUGGCGGGUAGCGAGACCGAGGACGACGCCGCGCUCUCAGACCUCACCCGGGCGGAGGGACGCAAAAUCCGCCUCAGCCUCUACACACUCAAACGCGUCGUGGCCGCGCUAUCGGACAGGAAGGGAAGAAAACACGUUCCCUACAGGUAG